AUGGGGCUCCGGCGCCAGAGCCCCCCGCCGAAUUGGAUUUCUGGUGUGAGCGGGUUGUCAGAUCAGCCAAAGUCUGCCACUCCAUUUGCCUCCUUCGUCCAAGUCCACAGCAGCGAGACAGUCAAUGCUAGGUUGUUUGAGGGUGCCACAUUGCUUCGUCCUGGUGCCUUCGCGAGCUGGAUGAGUGGUGCAUUUGUGCAAGUUCCAGUCGAUAUUGUCCGCGGACUAUGCGUCUCUACAAUGCCUCCCGCACCCACGCCCUACCUUCCAUCUCGAUGCACUGUCAGAGGCAGCAAGCUAGCUAGCUACUUACCUAGUUUUCGCCUCGUUAACCCUCUCCUGUCUCUCAAGCUCCUGUCUUCCAAGUACGUCUACCGGCACAUAUCAUCGUACUUCGUCCUCGAGCAGUUCUUGCAGCCCAAAUCACCUCGGCAGCGCCAUCUAGCGUCGUCCAUUGUCCAGCAAAGCUUUCGCUCCCGAGGACCAACUCUUCUGGCUGAGACGCUUCGCUUCGUAGGCGCUGCGCUGACUGAGGAGUCCGGCCGUGAGUGGUGUGGACUGAGCUUCAAGCACUCCCCCCCCGCCUCCCCUCCCCCACCGAAAUCCUUGACGUACGUCCUGUUUGCUCCGCUUGUCAUAGAAAGUCUGGACCUCUUCCUCCGUCGUCUCUCUCCUCCCCCCUCCGCUCAUCACUCAUCGCCUACGAUCGAGUGGUGUUUCGAUCACCGCACUCUUCUGUCUCUUUCUUGA